CAUUUGAAUCAUCAUUACAUAAUCAACAUCAACUUUUGGUGUGUGUGUGUUUUAUUUUGUCGAAUUGAAUCAGCCGAAUAUAUUUUUCACCUAGCCAUCUCGUGUUCAGUGAAAAACAUCAAGGGGCGUAAAAAUAGGAGUGGCAAUAGGAGGUUCCAGCAAAUUAUCAUCAUCAUAUUGGUCAUUUUGAUUCAAACAACGACAAAGACGAUUCAAACAAACAAAAUCAUUAUCCAUUGAAGAUAUGUCGGCAUUAUCAUCAUCGAUAAUGGCGGCAAGAUCAAAGAUUCGGAUGUUGGUCGAUGAUAACGAUAACGACGAUAAUUUCAAUGAUGAUGAUGAUGACCAUAAUAAUAAUAACAACAACCAAAAUGAUAAUUCAAAGAAGAAGAUGAAGAUUAUCAAGAAUGAAGAAAAUAUUAUGAUAGCAGCAACACCACAAAUAGUAGUGGUAGAAUCUAAAGAACAAUACCACAAUAAAGAUAAAAAGAUAGAAGCAUUAAUCGAUGAACCAAAAGAAUCGUUAUCAAUGAAUUCUUCAUUAUCACCAAUGUCAUCAUCAUUGUUGUCGGCUUAUUCAUCUUUGAUCUUGACAGCUAGUCAAGCUUCUGCUAUUGAUGGUGUUGAUGAUCAAAAUGAUUAUGAUGAUGAGAGUAAAGAUCAAAGAAAUAAAUGCCGACAAUAUUUUAUUCAUGAAGAUCACCGAAAACAACAACAACAACAAGAUCAAAGUAAAAAUAUUAAACAACGACAACAACAACAACAGAAACCAUUUUCUUCAUUGAUCAAUGAAUCUUGUUGUAAUUGUAAAUAUAACGAUAAUAAAGGCGUUGAUGAAAAUAAAAAUGGUCGUGGCCAUUUAUCGUUGAACGAUAAUAAUAAUAAUGGUAAUGGUAAUGAUGAUGAUAAUAUCAAUGAUCAAUCAUCAAUGAUAAUUGCUGUUGUUGUUGUUGAUAGUGAACUAAAUCAAAUUCUUGUCGGAAUCGAAAUUCUGUAA